UGUGGGGUCAGGAAGGCUUUCUGACUAGGCAGCCACAUCUACACAGACCAGGCAGAGCUAAUGAGACAUAAUAAAAGUAUGACUCUGUAAAGAUGAAGAGAUAAGAUGGAGGAAGACAACGAUGACAACCCAGCAGCUGGAGGAGGAGGAGAGUCUGAACCCAAAUCUGUACCAUCUGCAGCCAAUGAGAAAGUGAUACCUGAACUCACACUUGUGUUAAUUGGUGACAGAGAUUCCAUUGAGAUUGGAUCAAAAAACAUCUUACUUGACCAUGAUGGACAAACUAAUGUGGAACAGUUUUCAACCAGACUGUAUGAUUUUUGUGGUCGGAACGUCUCUGUCAUUAACAUGCUUGGUCUACAAAACAUUAAUAAAUUCCCAUUGAAUCAGGGAAUUCAUGCAUUUCUCUUACUGUUACCAAAUGGUCUGCAUACCAGCCAUUACAGUUCAGGAAUGCAGUGGUUAGAAAAAGCUUUUGGGAAAGGAUCACUUGCUUAUGUAAUGACAGUUGUGACUCAUAAGUCAGGGGAAAACUCUGAAAGUGCCCUGACAGACCUGAGAGCAAACAGCAGUUUUGUUGAAAAAAGAUUCCACACAUGUACAAGAAGUAUGAUGGAUGAAAAAGAGAUAAUAGAUCUGCUGGAAAAAAUAGACAUAAUGGUCUCUGAAAAUGGUCACCACUGCAACAGUGGAGUGAUGUGUGAUGAAAAAGAAGAGCAGAAACUACACCUGCUGGACCACGAAGAAGAAACAAUGGAUUCCUCAGUGUUUCAGCCAAAUCUAAGAGUAGAGGAGUUGGAGGAGAAUUCAGCUGAAAUCAAGUGUGAUCCAGUGAAUGAACCUGGUGAAGGUGAAGACUCAGAGAAGAAUGAUGACAACACAGGAGGAGAGUCUGCAAUCACAUCGGUAUCAUCUGUAAAUAAUGAGAACGGAGAGGCUGAUGAAGUGUCAGGUUCAGGGAACAGAACUCAAGUGCAGACUGGAGUAGGUGGUAAAGAAGCUGUGAGUGUGGGCAGGCAGAAGGAGUACUGGAUCAGAAGAUGGCUGGGCUGGCUGAUGUGGUGCUGGGCUGUGUUCCUCAGUGGGGCUGCAUACUUGAAGUUCCAGUGUGUGGCGUGGCUAUUGGCUGCAGAGGCUUCCGAAGUAGAGGAGUUGGAGGAGAAUUCAGCUGAAAUCAAGAGUGAUCCAGUGAAUGAACCUGGUGAAGGUGAACACUCAGAGAAGAAUGAUGACAACACAGGAGGAGAGUCUGCAAACAAUGAGAAAGGAGAGGCUGAUGAAGUUAAAGAUGUCAGCAAUGAAAGCAGCAGUAAGAUGACUGAGGGGUCGAUGGAGGAGAGUGACGCAGUGAAGGACACAAGUCCAACCUCUCAGACUGUUUCUACAGCAACCAAAGAACUAGAGGAGUUGGAGGAGAAUUCAGCUGAAAUCAAGAGUGAUCCAGUGAAUGAACCUGGUGAAGGUGAACACUCAGAGAAGAAUGAUGACAACACAGGAGGAGAGUCUGAAAACACAUCUGUACCAUCUGCAAAUAAUGUGAAAGGAGACAAGCUUGAGGAGAAUGCAGCUGAUUCAGUUGUAAAGCGAAAUCUAGGGGAUGUACCUGGUGAUCAACAAUCAAAGAAUGAAGACAGCUCAACAGUAGGAGGAGAAUCUGAAAACAAGCCUGUACAAUCUGAAACAACUGAUAAAGGUCGCUCAGAUAAAGAUACAAGUGGAAACCAGGAGCAGUCAGUGGAGAUGUCUGAAGAGAUCAACAAGAAACAACAAUAUCAAAGAGAAACUGAAAAACUGUUUGCCAGACUUCACCUUCAAGACAAACAACAGAAGUUGACACCAGCAGAUUUUCUUAAAAUAGGUCCACCUGUAAAAACAGGACCAUGA